UGUUUUACUCCCCACAUUCUCUAAAUUUGUCAUCAACCCACACUCUCUUCUCUCUAUUUCGAUGCAUCGGUUUUGCUGUGUUUCUGAAUCUCUGAUCAAGUUUAAGGUAAGGGUCUGUCUCAACUUUCAAUUUCCUUUAACUCGGUGAGUGCUUUUGUUCUUCACUGCAAAACUGGCUUCCAUCUGUUUGUUGAAAAACCCCCAAGGGAAAAUAGCUUGGUAAUUGAAGCACAAAAAUGAAGGAUUUCCCUUCUUGCUUUGGUGAAAAUGGAGUUCAAGUGGCUGAUUCUUCGUCUUCAAGUGCCACUAAAACUGCGCAGAAUCUGGUUACCUGUGUUUAUCAAUGCCAGAUACGUGGUAGUUCCUGCAUGGUUACUGUCACAUGGAGUAAGAAUUUAAUGGGGCAAGGCCUCAGCGUUGGGAUCGAUGACUCUUCUAGUCAGUGUCUUUGUAAGGUGGAUAUCAAACCGUGGGUGUUCUCCAAGAGGAGAGGUUGUAAGAGUCUAGAGGUUCAUUCUUGUAAAAUUGAUCUAUAUUGGGACCUUUCUUCAGCUAAAUUUGGUUCCGGGCCAGAACCUUUGGGAGGAUUUUAUGUAGGGGCUGUUGUAGAUCGACAAAUGGUUCUUCUGCUUGGGGAUUUGAGGAAAGAGGCUUUAAAGAAGGCCAAUGCCAUUCCAUUACCGUCCAAUGCUGUUUUAGUUGCCAAGAAGGAACAUGUUUUUGGUAAGAAGUUGUUUGGUACCAAGGCUGUGUUUUGUGACAAUGGUCAAAUUCAUGAUCUUGUGAUUGAAUGUGACACUGCAAGUGUUGGUGAUCCGGGCCUUAUAAUUCGCAUUGACAGCAAAACCGUGAUGCAAGUGAAGCGGUUGAGAUGGAAGUUCAGGGGGAAUCAUACCAUUCUGGUAGAUGGCCUUGCAGUAGAAGUUUUCUGGGAUGUCCAUAAUUGGCUCUUCGGUACAUCUCUUGCAAAUGCUGUCUUCAUGUUCAGAACAUGCGUCACCUCGGAUAAGUUGUGGGCUAGCCAACCCCUUUCGGAUUCCCCUUGGUCUUUCUCUGAGAGAUUUUCUGAGACCAAAUUGCAGGGGCGUGGUUUCUCGCUUAUUUUGUAUGCUUGGAAGAAUGUGUAA